AUGGUCUCUGACCUGAGCGAGGAUGAUGCUCCUGAGGCUCCUGAGGCUCCCGAUGAUCCUGAGGCUCUCGAUGCUUCUGAGGCUCUCGAUGCUCCUGAGGCUCUCGAUGCUCCUGAGGCUCUCGAUGCUUCUGAGGCUCUCGAUGCUUCUGAGGCUCUCGAUGCUCCUGAGGCCCUCGAUGAUCCUGAGGCUCUCGAUGCUUCUGAGGCUCCCUAUGUCCCUGAGGCUCUCGAUGCUCCUGAGGCACCCGAUGCUCCCGACGCUCUCGAUGCUCCUGAGGCUCUCGAUGCUCCCGAUGUUCCCCAUACUCUAUAUGGGACAAGAAAGACAUUUGUCAUUUCGUUGUGUCUUUCGUCUGACAAUAAUGCCAGAGGAUGCAAUGGCCAAAGCAAUUCGGGAUCUUGA